GUUGUCCUUUUCCACCGCUUAAGACGUCUUUUUCAUCAUAUUUCCGUUUCAGUUGCACUUCACUCAGUCAAAGAUUAAAUCGCUACUUGUGUGUCUUCACUGCCCGUCCCCGGUUCGCCUCAGCACACACACAUGACGUACAUCGCCGACAACAAACGGGUACACCUUUCUCAUAUUCCCGGAUUCUCUGUCGAAAAAAUGGAUAGCUCCAUUGUUUCUGAUGGGAACUAUUCCGACAUUACGGGACAGGAAAACCGGCGGACGCCUCGCAGUGCGUGUUUCUGUUCCUGUUCCUACUAGAGAAACUGUAGUAUACCUGGGGUAUUGAAAGUGACGCCAGUCAUGAAAACCAAACAGCCACUCUAUUAAUGAAUUCGGGACCUAUAGUUCCUGGGGUCAUAAGUCCUCGCUUGGAUCUCCACGUGAGCGAGAUCCGACUCUUCAUGUGGCGUUUCUCUGAAACUUUUUCUGAAGGCCAAACUAAAUCGUCGUUAUGGAGUCGGGUCGAGAUGGCCCGACGGUUCGAUCCUGAGUUCCGUUACAUUUUUGAAAUCCUGAACGAGACCACAAAUUGAGCAACUUGACAGGCGCUCUAGACAGGGCUAAAGCUCUUUUUUUAUGAAUGCAUGUGCUGCUCGGAGUUCAGUUUUCCCCCAAAGAUUCGCCAACUUCUGUCCUGUGCAUUUUCUUCUCCCCAAACCAACGGACUUUCUAACUUGUGUCGCCGUUUUUUCUCUUCUUGAUCUUGAGCCUCUGCACCUCUUGUAACUCAACCCACAGUGAGUAUCGCCCACGUCUAUGAUGUCUCUGUUCGAGUUGCGGUAUACGCAGUUCUGGGUCGCGGAUUACUUGCACACCGACUGUUUCUACUUGCAAGGCGGAAGUUCCCAAAAUACUGCAUGGUCUAGCCGACUUCUCUUUCUUAUUCUCCUCGCAAAAUGGCGCUUCCUGGGCAAAGCUUCAAGCGAGUGAUUGUCCUGCUCUUGGACUGCGGCGCUACAAUGCAGCAGACGCUUCGCGGCGACUUUUCAGAUGCGCUGGUAGCGCAGACUGAGGCGCUCUCUUCCUCAUUCGCGUCUUCUGGAGGUGCCUCUUCGCCGUCUCCUCUUUCCAAAAAGGCCGAUUCAACGCCGUCCCAAGUGCCUCUUUCCCCAGACUCUGUUCCAUCAAUAUCGGCAGCAGACAGAAGUGCGGAUCUCUCGAGUUUCCACGCCAUGAAGCGCGCAGCUCGAGCGUACGUACAGCGCCUCGCUGCGACGUCCGCGAAAGUCGACGUCGGCGUCGUGUGCUUUGGCAGCUGCAGAACGGACAAUCCACUCGCGCCUGUCGAGGGCGACAUCCAGCCGGGAGACACGGGAGACGCAGAGGAAGGGUACAAACAUGUCGAGGUUUCUCUGCGUCCCGAAAGCGCCUCCUGGAAGCUCGUGCAGGAGUUAGAGAAAGUCAAGAAUUCGGCGAAUCGGAGUGACGCCAUUGACGGACUUGUCGUCGCCGUCGACAUGGUUGAGAAAACGUAUGGCCCAAAGCUGUCGCAGAAUAAUGUCUCCUUCCUCGUUUUCUCCGACUGCCAGUCAAGCCCAGCAACCCCUGAGGAUAUCCCAGCUGUACGGGACCGUCUUGAGGUGCUCGGUAUUCGAGUCCACUUCAUCAUUGUUGAUGGCUCUGUUCCAACGCAUCCGGGGAUCUGGCGUCCAGGUGAUCCGAGCGCGCGUUUGAAUCAGCAUUUUGUCUCGCCUCUUCGUCCUGCGUUGGCGUCCCUCUCUCUUGUGGCCUCGACGCUGAUUCCUCUCCGGAGUUUCUUGGCUUCCCCGUUUAUGACCGCGUUCUAUCCUCCACCGAAGCGGUUGUCGACGAAGUGUCGGGUGAAUCUCGAAGUCUCGAAGGCCUUCCUGAUCCCCGUGUAUGUCUUCGUAAGGACUAGGAAAGAGCCAGUACCGACUCUUCGCAAGCGCGUCUUCGUGGGGGUCUCUCGGCCUGCAACACGAAGAAGAACGGACUCUGUUCCCCGAGAGGACACGCCAGGCGACGCUUUCGGAGCUGAGAAAACGCGAAACGACCAAGGGGAACACGAUGAGGACUGGAGGGAUCUGAAAGUCGAAAGAUUUUACUUCAGAGCGAACGACCCGGAAAGGACGCCGGUGAAGUUAGGCGAACCGGACACACGACAGCGGGAUGGAACCAGCAUCUUCGGGAGGCCUGACGGAUCCUCCGAGGACGAGCGGGCGCCCGGAGCCGGCGGCGACGCUGGGGUGCACAUACAACGUCUGUACGCGUACCGAUACGGCAAACAGCUGGUCGCCGUCUCCGGCGUUGAGCAGCAGGCGUUCAAGCAGCAAACGACGGCAGGCCUGGUCGUCUUGGGCGUGACGAGGCGCGAUAGUAUUCAGAGGUGGUGGAAUCUAGGCCCUCCAGAAUACGUCACCUGCGCGCUCAACAACCGACCGUCUCUCGUCGCCUUGCGCUCUUUAGUCCUUGCGCUGCAGCGUCUUGACUCUGUUCUCCUCUGCUCCUUCGUGUGGCGGGGGGGCUAUCCAGCGAAGCUUGUCGCGCUUCUUCCUCACGUUGGAGGGGGUAACAGGGAGAAAAGAAAGGCAUGGCAGGCGACCGCCUCGUUGAAGGAGAGUGACGACGUCAAGAGAGAAGAAGAAACAAACCAAAAGGAGGCCGGAGACGAAGACAAGACCUACGGGCUUCAUCUUAUCUACUUACCUGUGGCAGAAGAUAUGCUCGAGCUCCGGCUGCCCUCGCUCCCGUCCGUGACGCCGCGUCAACUGCGAGCUGUAGAGACACUCGUUGAGAGUCUUACGCUUCCAGGAAGCCCCCAGGUGUCAGUGAAGUCAGGCGAGAAGGGAGGAAGAGCUUCGGAGAAGGACGAAGGCGAUAGAGAGGCCGAAAAAAAGCCAAUUGAUGGAGAGUGGGAGGAAGUGGAGGCGCAGCGCAAAGCUCUCCAGGCUCCCGCUUCUUCUCCUGCCGGGUGGCAAACAAAUGCACCGCUGGAGAUCGCGGUGGAUCCUUCAACUCGAGUUCACUCUCCGUCGCCUCCGUGUUCGUCUGCCGCCUUUCCAUCUUUCUUGCCAGAUUCGAUUUCCAGCUUUGCGACGAAGUCGGAGAGCUUGUCUCUUCACAAAAUCCACAACCCGACGCUCCAGCGGUACUACCAGCUUUUGGUGUACAGACACUACAAUCCGGCGUCGCCUCCGGUGGCUCUUGGAGAGGAGGGGAGCGAGACGCAGGCACAAACAACUUGGAGGGAGGCGGAGGAGAGUCACCAACAUCGCCUGCACCACAUGUGGGCUCGCGGGUCUCCAGUCGAGAGGCUGUUCACGGUGCGAACUCCAGGGUGUCUGGAUUCUGAGCAGCCGGACGCCUCCGUCGAACAGACCAAAGAGGCCGGCCAGCGGGAGACGCAGGUUGAUGCCGCUCUGAAGGCGGCUUUUCCUCAGGCAACGUCGCUGGAAGCCCAGACGGCAGGACGACGACAGAGGGAAGUUCAGCAGAAACUGUUGUUCGGAGAAGUCGUGAGGAAACAGAAGGAGCUGGUUGUUCGAGAUGUGAAAGUGUCGGGCGAGUGGACCGAGCCCCAUUUCGAUACACCUGGGGAAGAGCCGCGAAUGACAGCGGAGGCGCGGCGGGAGGAGACAGAGAAACUCGAGCGGGCGAUUGAAGAGGAAGAACGGCAGAAGAAACUCGAGGCUCUGAAGGCUCUGCAUGUACACAGCGUGAACCCGGUUCGAGACUUCCAGAGACUACUCGAAGUAAAGGAAACGGAUUUGACUGAGAAAGCGAUUCAGGAAAUGACUGAGAUGAUCUUCAAGUUUCUGCGGGCAGCGGGGCCGCCGCAGGGAGCGCUGGAGAGGCCAACGGGAGCUGGGCGAGGAGGAGAGACGUCGGGACUGCAGAACUUUCGGCGACAACAACACCUUGGCAAGGCACUCGUCUGCGUAGAAGCUCUGAGGGAGGGAUGCCGAAGAGAACUGGAGGGCGAGAAAUUCAAUGAGUUUCUUGCGGAAGUGAAGGCGGAACAGUGUCGGGCGGAUGCUGCGGCCGACGACAGCUUCCGGACCUUUUGGAACUUGCUAAAAUCCAGAAAAAUCGGCCUCAUCACGCACGCCGAGGACCCACGCGUCGACCUCGAGCCGGCCCAGUCUCUGAGAAUCUACGAAGACGAAUCAGUGCAAGAGCUUUCGACCCAAACUGCGAUGACGGCCGCGAGACCCUUAGAUCCGCAUGACGUUGAUGACUUACUCGAUCUCGUCGAGUAGAAAACGAACGAUUGCUUCAGAGAAAAAUGCCGUCAGGCGGUCUUUGACAAAACGGGAGUGGUUGCUCUUGGCUAACAUCUGCGGGCAGUUUUCGAUUUUCCGUCUCCAUGUACGUAUAUUUGCAUAUAAAUAUGCAGAUGUACAUGAGUCGAUAUAUCUCGCUAGCUAUAAAUAUAUCUCCAUGUAUUUAUACAUGUAUGUGUAUGAAACAUACAUCUAUGUUAUCUAUAUCUAUGUACAUAAGUGUAUGAGGUGUUGCGCAGAUGCGAGAGGGCUGGUCGGAAAGUCCUAAAUCUUUUCAAGGCGUGCGGAACUCGUUUUGUUUGCGUUUUCUGUUUCAACAAUGUUGAGCAGUCAAAUAUUCUUACGAGG